GCACACCCAUCGCAUAUUUACUUGCCUUGCGCCUUCUUUCUUGUUCUUGACAACAUAGACAAAGAAGCCUCGCCCUAGGACUCGACUUUGCACACUGUCUUCAGUUUAUCGCAGCGAGACGGCAGACUCGGUCAAUCCCGAGCAGAGCAGUCUUCACGCACGUUUGCCACCUUUCCGACCGCCAUUCAAAAAUGUUGAGUCUUCCGAAGUCCACAAAAAGCUCGUUAGGACGUCUAGGUGUAGGCCUCGGCGUUGGCCUAGUGCUCGGCGUGGGAGUUAUAGGUUUCCUGCGCCACCGCCGCAACCAGGCCGCAAAGCUCCUCCACCUGCAGCAAGAGCGGAUUGUUACCUCAAGCGUCGCGGCUAAGUCGUCGCCGGCUCCGGACGCGUGCGCAAGCGACUGCGCCAGCGAUGAAGCGCGACCGGCGCCCUGUGCGCAGCCCGAUGACUGCGUGCUCGCCGGGUCAGCCGCUGCUCUGGACGACUGUGCGGAGAGCCGGAGUAACAGCAGUGACAGUAGCGACAGUGACGGCGAGGCGCCGUCGCCUUCGGGCCGACAGAGCCUCGCCACGUUCCUGGCCCGCCUCGGCCUGGAGCGCUGCGAACCUGUGCAAGAGCUUGGAAGAGGUGGCUUCGGGCGCGUUCAAGCAGUGAACAUCACGCUUCCCGGCGGCGGCGUCAUCAAGGCCGUGCGCAAGGAGAUCUUCCGCCGCACUGACGGCCUCUCGCGCACGGAGCUACUGCAGCAGGAGGUGGCGGGCACGCGCGCAGCAGCGGGCUGUGCCAGCGCCGUUCAGCUGCUGGGCUAUACGGAGCCGCAGACGGAUGACGAUCCGCAUGAGCUGCUGCUUUCCUACGUGCCGGGAAUGACCCUGUCUGCCUACCUGGACCUGGUGCACCGCGCGGACGUGGUCAAGCGCUUCGUCGCCAAGAAAGGCAAGAAGGGCAAGAAGGGCAAGACUCUGAUCCCCCGUACCAGUACCAUUCUGUCAACUCCACUCCUCAAGCAGCUGGCCAUCUCGGUGCUCACGGCGGUCAACGUCAUGCACAACAACAACAUGUGUCACGGUGAUAUCAAAAGUGACAACGUAUACGUCAACACGGGCGACGCAGAUGGCGUCAUCCACUUUGUCCUUGGGGAUUUCGGGAGUGCGGAGCCUACCGACAGCGAGGGCAUGCUGAUAAGUGGUGCGGUUGGGGGCUCCCGGGCGACAGCGGCACCCGAGCAGCGCGUGCACCUGGCCGGGGGCACGCCGGCGUGUGGACUGAGCCGCAUGAUUGACAUGGCGUCGGUGGGGCUGCUGCUGGCGGAGGCAGCUCAGUUCCGCCCAAUGCCAACACGGCUGUGGGCCUACUCGCUGUUUGAGGACGACCUGGACGAGUGGGUGCCCGAGGGCUGCCGCGACCUGUGCGCGCAGCUGCUGGCCCCCUCGCCCUCCGACCGCCCCAGCGCCAAAGAGGCGCUUGCGCACUGGUGGCUGAACGAGUAGAAGACGACGGAUGCCUUGCAGCUUGGGCCGCUUGCAAGAUCGAGGGACGUAGGCACGUGGACGUAGGGGUGGAGGACUUGAUGCACGUUCAGGAUUGGAUGCUGUUUCGCAAGGCAUUUCAAUCCGACGCAUGGUUUAUAACCUUAGCUGUAGUUGCAUUUACGGUACCGUAUGCUGGUGUGGGUACAGGUGGUGAACGCGGGCACUGAACAAAUGAACGAACUGAGGUGAUGGGCAAUGGCCGAUGGGCUGUGAGAGGGCGUUGCGCCAGCACUGCUUUCGAACAUGCACAGCCCACGUAGGCUGCGAUGCGGUGUACGACUCUAAUGUAGGGCGGUAAGACGGCUGCUUCGUGAGUGCAACUACGGUGAUGAGCUUGGUGUGGCUGCAUACUGGGCUGCAUGUCAGGGUACGUGGAGACAGAGUGACACGGAAAUGGCGAGAUGGCGUUCGGUACUCCCCUUGACCUUGGACAGUAUACGGGGUUGUACAUGAAUCAUACCUUGCGGAGCGGCGAGCGUAACUUGAGAGUUAGUGCAGUCUAUUGAUAAUGACGCGCUUAAAGAAACGCAACACUGACCGGGCUGCGUAAAUCACGACGUAAGGUUCGGCACCACCCUUCACUCCCUGUCCUCGAUUUGUGGGGAUGCGGCAUUCUCACGCCGUGUUACGGCAGCACUGCGAUGGCAAAGAGGGCAUGAGCCAUGAGGGGUCGUGCUUCACAGCCAAGCGGGGCGAGGGGGCGCAUAGGCGGAUGACGGGCGUUGGCGGGUGGCGUGUCACAGGGUUUGCUGCACAUGGAUGCAUUUGAUGAUGCCAAUACUGCAGCGUUUGUGAAUUGUUUCCCUAAAAGUAUGCAGUUCUGACACCGCGCGACGAAAAGUCCCGUUGAAGUUAAGACGGGGAAUACAAGGAGCAUGUCAUUUUGUUAUAAUAGGUAACCUGCUUAAUUGGCAGGUUUACAAAGAAGGAACGUUUUCUGAGCGGGAGGGCUUGGCCGUGAAGACGAAUAGCCCACGAAGCCGGAGAAGCCAAGGGAGACUCCUCAGCAGCCGCUAAAGCUCGGAUUGUACCUUGGUGCACAGGUAAAAGAUGUAACUACUUCAACAC